AGUCACGAAAUAUCGUUCAUUGGGAAUAGAAAACAUGAGACUGCUCCAAGUGUUCUUGAUCUGGUGCUUCUCGUAUCGAAAUUUGUACGGUUAUAAUAUUCUGGCUGUCCUUCCGACGGCUUCAAAAUCACAUUACUACAUUGGAAGUAGCCUGAUGAAGGGGUUGGCCAGAGAAGGUCAUCAAGUGACUGUGAUCAGCCCAUUCAAAGAGGAAAUACCUAUUGAAAACUUCACUGAAGUUUUUCUAGAAAACUUUUUGGCAGAGUUUCAAAGAACAUUGACAGUUAAUAAUGGCAAGGCCUUCAACAAUAAGCACUUCUGGGAUGCCAUCUUAACAUUCUACGAAGCUGGAAAGCUAAUUGCAAAUUGGUCACUUUCCAGUCAAAACCUUCACAAUUUCAUAAACACUAAGCAUCAUUUCGAUGUGGUUGUGGUGGAUGUCUGUUUUAGUGAUCAUUUUCUCGGUUUUGGUCAACAUUUUAAUGCACCUAUUAUCGCUCUGUCUUCGUUUGGUGCUUCAAAAUUGACGACUGAUUUGGUUGGUUCACCGAAUUUUGCAUCUUACGUGCCACAUACACUGAAUCCCUAUACCGAUCGAAUGUCCUUUUGGCAGCGCAUAUACAACUCGCUGACCUUUUGGUUUGAAGAUAUUGCGAUGCCAUACUAUUUCUUAUCCGAACAGCAGAAAGUGAUGGAGAAAUUAUUUCCAAAUACAACAAAUUGGCCGUCGCUUGAUGAAAUUCGACGAAACGUAUCUUUAGUGCUGUUGAACACCCAUACAACGAUUGGCACACCACGACCAUACGCACCGAAUAUGAUUGAAGUCGGUGGCAUGCAAAUUGAAACAGAAAUCGUACCAUUGUCACCAGAAAUACAAACGUUCUUGGAUGAAGCGAACGAUGGAGCGAUUUUUGUUUCACUCGGUUCGAAUGUGCUACUAACGAAAUUGCCCAGAGGUCAAUUAGAAGUGAUUACAGGUGCCUUCAGUGGGUAUCCGAAUCAUCGAAUUCUGAUCAAAAGUGACGAGCAUAUCGUUAUUCCAUCGCACAAAGAAUCCGACGUGUUAGUCGAGCCUUGGUUCAAUCAGCAAUCGAUCUUGGCGCACAAGAAUAUCAAACUAUUUGUUACUCAUGGCGGUCUUUUAAGUAUAACUGAGGCCAUUUAUUUCGGCAAACCAGUCGUUGGUAUACCAUUUUUUUUCGAUCAAUCGAUGAAUGCCCAGCUCUCGGAACAAAAGGGGUUUGGAAUUUCAAUUCCAAUUGAAACUCUAACCGCAGAUAGGAUUUCAACGGCUGUUAGAAAAGUUCUCAGUGAACCAAGUUACGCCGAAAAUGCCAAGAUCAUUUCGAGUAGAUUCCGCGAUCAGCCGUUAUUUCCAUUGGAACUGGGGAUGCAUUGGGUCAAACAUGUGGCUAAAAACAAGGGCGCUCCACAUUUGAGAAGUGUCGCAGUUGACUUGCCAUUCUACAAAUUGUACAAUUUAGACGUGUGGGCGUUCAUUUUCAUUGUAGUUUUAUUGGGUACAUUGGCCACGUUAAAAACGAUUAAAUUGAUCAUAUCAUUUGUGUUCACGUCGAAUGUAAAAAGGAAAAUGAAAGAAACUUAAACGAAUCAAAUCAAACUGUAUAAAGUCACUCUCCUGAUUCAUAUAUUAAUUCGAUAGAUUGGUUCAUUAAUUUAUUUCAACAACUUUGAUUAAAAAAUUUCCUUUACAAAAUAAUUUCGCUAUGCUAAAA